AUGACGAAGGGUACCUCCAGCUUUGGCAAGCGCCACAACAAGACCCACGGGAUCUGCAGACGCUGCGGUCGCCGUUCCAUGCACAACCAGAAGCACACCUGCGCUUCGUGCGGCUACCCCGCUGCUAAGACCCGCAAGUACAACUGGUCCGAGAAGGCUAAGCGCAGAAAGGUCACCGGCACCGGCCGCAUGAGAUACCUCAGCACCAUCUCCAGAAAGUUCAAGAACGGCUUCCAGACUGGUGUCCCCAAGGGCUCGCGGGGUCCCAACACCGCUUCCGAGUAA